GGCGGGGCCUGUGCAGCGCCUCGAGUCCAUUUUGCGGCGGUGCGAGGCUCUUACCGCGUGAUCUUCCGAGCUGGAAGACCCGAGGCCUUGCAGCUGCAGGCUUUGCCGGAGCAGCCUCUAGUUUUUUAUUGUUAGUUGAAACGUGGAAAAACAAAACCCUGAUUGCUUUUCCCUGGGUAAUAGUAACUCUACGGUAAACACCUGCUUGCAGGGACAGAGGAUGUGAUGGAGCUGCUUGAAGAAGAUCUCACGUGUCCAAUUUGUUGCAGUCUGUUUGAUGAUCCUCGAGUUUUGCCUUGUUCACACAACUUCUGCAAAAAAUGCUUAGAAGGUCUCUUAGAGGGGAAUGUGCGGAAUUCGUUGUGGAGACCAUCUCCAUUCAAGUGCCCUACAUGCCGGAAGGAAACCUCAGCUACUGGAGUUAAUAGCCUGCAGGUUAAUUACUCCCUGAAAGGUAUUGUGGAGAAAUACAACAAAAUCAAGGUCUCUCCCAAAAUGCCAGUGUGCAAAGGACACUUGGGGCAGCCUCUAAACAUUUUCUGCCUAACUGAUAUGCAGCUAAUUUGUGGGAUCUGUGCUACUCGAGGUGACCACACCAAGCAUGUCUUCUGUUCUAUUGAAGAUGCCUAUGCUCAGGAAAGGGAUGCCUUUGAGACUCUCUUCCAGAGUUUUGAGACCUGGCGUCGGGGAGAUGCUCUUUCUCGUUUGGAUACCUUGGAAACCAGUAAGAGGAAAUCCCUGCAGUUACUAACUAAAGAUUCAGAUAAAGUGAAGGAAUUUUUUGAGAAGUUACAACACACAUUGGAUCAAAAGAAGAAUGAAAUCCUGUCUGACUUUGAGACCAUGAAACUUGCAGUAAUGCAAGCUUAUGACCCAGAGAUCAACAAACUCAAUACCAUCUUGCAGGAGCAACGAAUGGCUUUUAAUAUUGCUGAGGCUUUCAAAGAUGUGUCAGAACCCAUUGUAUUUCUGCAACAGAUGCAGGAGUUCAGGGAGAAAAUCAAAGUAAUCAAGGAAACUCCUUUACCUCCCUCUACUUUGCCCACAAGCCCUUUAAUGAAGAACUUUGAUACCAGUCAAUGGGAGGACAUAAAACUAGUAGAUGUGGAUAAACUUUCUUUGCCUCAAGAUACUGGCACGUUCAUAAGCAAGAUUCCUUGGAGAUUCUAUCAGUUAUUUGUGGUACUCCUUCUACUUGGCCUCCUUAUUUUCCUCAUUUUCUUGGGUCCUACUGUAUUCCUAGAAUGGUCUGUAUUUGAUGAACUGGCAAUUUGGAAAGACCAUCUUUCUAAUUUCAGUUUUUAUCUGACUAAAUCAGCUGAUUUUGUAGAACAAUCAGUUUUUUACUGGGAACAAGUGACAAAUGGGUUUUUCAUUUUCAGUGAAACAGUCAACAAUUUUACUUUGGUGGUGCUAAAUAAUGUGGCCGAAUUUGUGUGCAAAUAUAAACUAUUAUAAAAUCUUCCAACUCUGCAGUUCUGUUUUUUGAUAGAAAUUAUUAAGAGAAUAGGUUAGUAAUUCAGAUUUUGUCAAGAUUCCAAUCAGAUAUUUUCCUCCAAAAGUAUUCCUUUAGGGCUGGGGAUAUAGCUCAGCUGGUAGAGUGCUUGCCUUGCAUGCACAAAGCCCUGGGUUCUAAUCUCCAGCAACACAGGCAGAAGUAUUCCUUUAAAAAAUAUUGUCCUAGGGUUGGAGUAUCCCCAAGAUUCAAAAGUAUAAAUUUGUUGGGGCUAAGGUUGAAGCUCAGUGGAAGAGUGCUUGCCUAGCAUGUAUGAGUUACUGGGUUCAAUUCUCAGCAUCACCUAUAAAUAAAUAAAGUUAUACCAAAAAAAAAAAA